AUGGGGAAAAAACACAAAAAGCACUGCAGCAUCAAUACCAACAGCACUCAACAGUCAAAAUGUACUCCAUGUGUAGAAAUAGGAAUAGGUGGAGGAAGUGCUAGUUCGGAAUCUGCAGAGUCUAAUUCGCCGCCGCAGCAUCAAGUAGUGGAUAUUCCUGACCAAAAAACAAAUGUUCUUGGCCAAUUUCCGCAACAGGUCUAUUGCCCUACAUGUGACCAACACGUUCUUACUCGAACCAAACACGUUUCUGGUGUGCUUACUUGCGCGUUAGUCUUUCUGCUGCUGUUCUGCUGUUGCUGCUGUGGUUGUUGUUUAGUCCCUCUAUGCCUCGACGCAUGCAAAGACGUUGAGCAUCGCUGUAGUCAAUGCAAUACAUAUAUCGGAACGUUUGAACGCACUAUGCAGUGCGAUGGUAAAGGAGCCGACGUGAAGAGUCGUGGACCUGCAAAGUCCCCUAAUCAAUCUGGAAACUCUUCUAAGAAAGCUAAAAAAUCUCCUAGUCAACCUCAAGUGAAGAUCGUUGCUAAUUGUGUUGUUCAUCAAAUUUAGAUUGUAAGAGAAAGAGGAAAGAUAAU